AUGUCUACGCAAACGAUCACCGCCGUUGGGCAAGCUCCCGAGACCCAACCCACACCCGCUCGAGAGCCACUUCAGUUGAAGGGCGCUCUCGACCAGUACAAGUCUUUUGAUGUUACUCCCGUCAUUGGCCGAGAGUUCGUGGACGUAAAUCUGAAGGAGUGGCUUCGAGCUCCCAACUCCGACGACUUGAUUCGGGAUCUUGCCAUCACAAUUUCCCAACGAGGCGUUGUCUUCUUUCGCAAGCAAGAUGAAGUUGAUAACGAGGUCCAGAAGGAAUUGGUGCAACGCCUUGGGCAGCUUUCAGGCAAGCCGGAGACAUCGAAGCUCCACAUCCAUCCCGUCAGCAACUCUGGACGGACGCUUGGAGGAAAAGACGACGAGAUCAGCGUCAUUAGUUCGGAACAGGCGAAGGCGUUGUACAAGAAUCGGUACUUGGACUUCCUCGGGAAGAAGCAGAGCGCAAAGGGGGGUUGGCACAGCGAUAUCACAUUCGAGCCUGUGCCAAGUGACUAUGCGCUCUUGAGACUCACGGAGCUACCCGAGACUGGAGGUGAUACCCUGUGGGCAUCCGGCUAUGAGUUGUACGAUCGACUGUCUAAGCCAUAUCAAAAGUUCUUCGAGUCGCUGACGGCCACUUAUGCGCAACCCGGAUUUGGUGAAGCCGCAAAGGCCAACGGCUUUGAGCUCUACAGCAAGCCAAGAGGUGCGCCGGAGAACGUUGGAACGGAUCUGAAGGCUACCCAUCCAGUGAUUCGGACAAACCCAGUAACGGGCUGGAAGUCGAUCUUUGGCGUUGGCCACCACGUGGCGAAGAUCAACGAGCUCACCGAUGAGGAAAGCAAGCGGGCGUUGGACUGGUUUGUGUCGCUGAUAGUCGAAAACCACGACCUGCAGGUACGCCACAGAUGGCAGAAUGUCAACGACCUGGCGAUUUGGGACAACCGCUCUGUGUACCACACCGCGACUUAUGACUAUGAGGGUCUGGGGGCUAGGACUGGUCAGAGGGCUGUUUCUCUCGGUGAACGGCCUUACCUGGAUCCAAACAGCAAAUCUAGAAGGGAGGCUUUAGGGUUGCAGGUUUCGUAG